UAUAUAUAUUAAUGCUUUCCCACCUCAUUCCCCCCGGCCCUAUUCCUUUUUCGCCCACAAAAAACUGGCCAACAACGAAGCCAUAUAACUGAACCCACAAAGGCAAAGUCAUAUCUACAAAGAAGAAAAAGAUGAUCCAAGAACUGUUGGGAGGUGCAGGUCUUAUAGCAGGAGAGAGGAAAAUCUCUCCUAAAGGGGGAGUUUUACAAGGCAUACCUUCUUCAUCUCCUGUACCAUCUUCUUCUUCAUCCUCAACAACUACUAUUACUACAACAACAACAUCAAAUUCAGAAAGCCAAAACAACUUGAGGUGUCCACGAUGCGAUUCACCCAACACAAAGUUCUGUUACUAUAACAACUACAACCUCACUCAGCCUCGCCACUUCUGCAAGACUUGUCGCCGGUAUUGGACGAAAGGAGGUGCACUCCGAAACGUUCCAAUUGGAGGUGGAUGCCGAAAGAACAAGAGUCCUGCUAUGCCAGCAUCUAUUGGAAAAUCAAGCUCUGGCAAGAUGAAGACCAUAUCAUGUGAGAUUGGAAGGUUAGGCCUUGGAGGUGGGCUUGAUCCUGAGCUUCCAUCAGGUCCAAUUCUGUGGGGUUCGCCACAGAACUCUCAUCUGUUGGCCUUACUUCGAUCUACUCAAAACCCUAACCCUAAUCACCUGUCAAAUUCUGUUAACGUGAAGGAAGAAGCCGGAAAUAUGGGUGGAUCCAACAUGAUCAUGACUGAGCCAGCGUUUGCAAAUGGUGGAUUAAAUGUUCGGACUUUGGGCUUGGAUCCUCUUGGCCAGCUCCCUUCUCUUGGUCUAUGCAGCUCUUUCUGGAGAAAUAAUCAACAUCAAGAACAGCAACAAAAUGGCUUUGUAAUUGGCGAAGUUCAAAAUGGUGGGAUUCAAGAACUGUAUCAGAGGCUCAGAUCACCAAAUAAUAAUUACUAUGGUGAUUAUCAUCACUCACCAGUAGUUCUGAAUAACUUAGCUUCUUCAUCUUCAUCUUCCCCAUCCAUUUUGGAGUCUGCUUCACUGGCUGGGGGUGAAUUGGGGAUCAACUGUAAUCCAGCAUUUUCGUGGAUUGUUGUCUCAGUGGUGAGCCGGUACUUGUCUGGGUAGGGGUAUAUGAAAGUGGCUAGAUCAUGAGCAACGUCAGUCCUAAUUGUCUUCUUCUACCUUUUUUGUCUUUCUUUUCAUCUUUCCAUUUGUGUGCUUUUAGGUGUGUUUAACUUAUGAGGGGUGUAACCAAGGAUCCAGAUGUGAUAAAAAUGGAAAAUGUAAGGUGUAAUUUCCGAAUUCUUCUUGAUGUUGCAAAUGGCAUGUAUUUUCACAUA